GAUAGUAGAGUAACAUCGAUUCAAUAUGGCUGCCCCCAUACGAAAUGUUUUCCAGAGGUCAAUUUUUAGAAAUAUUCUGAAGAUUCAUCGCUCCAAACGAAAUGUUCCAGUUGCAGCAUUUUCUGAUGAAACAGGAGCAAAGAAAACUAGGCUUGAUUUUUAUUUAGACCAGAUAGAUUCUACUUACGAGGAGAUAGUUGAAGAAAAAGUAGAAGAAAAGCAAAGUUUUGCAACAUUGUUCAGAUACUCAGGACUAGUCCAGAUGGGUGACCUGAAAGAGAAGGCAAUGGCAGGAAGGAUAGUAGAUGUUGUUGAUGAUGAUCUGUAUAUUGAUAUUGGUGCCAAAUUUUAUUGUGUUUGCAAAAGGCCAGCAAUGCAAAGAGAGCUAUAUCUGAAAGGACAGAGAGUGAAAGUAUAUAUGCAUAAACUUGAAAUGUCAUCUAGCUUCCUUGGAAGUGAUAAACAUGUUACUUUACUCGAAGCGGACUGUACUUUAACGGGUACUUUUAACCCUGUACAUCAAACAGAACAAUCACACCCAGAGGAGAAUAAAAAUGAAGAAACAAAUGCAAAACCGGGUUACAUAGACCGAUUGUUGUCGGAAGACGAUCUCAGUGCUACCAGUGGAAGUCCUGCAUAUACACCAGAUACAUAGAAAAAAACUAAUAAAAUUGUUAAUUAUUUGUCAAUUUUAUAUACAAGUACGAGUAUAUAAAAAAGGAGCUGUGUUAAAGAUGUGAUUUGAGGGAAGUAAGACUGUUUGGAACUUACCGUUAUUGUCGUUAACAAAAUUUGAAGCAAUUUUAAUGGAAUAAUUUUAAUUACGAAUUGUCAGUUGGAAUGCUUCUAAAGAUAAGAUAGUUGUAAAAAAAUAAUAAUAAAGAAUUAACAGUAAUGCUAUUCUUCUGGUCAAUAGAUGCUGUUGAAUAAGAUAUGAUAAUAAUAAAGAUAUAUGUAUAACUGUA